AUGGACGACAAUAUUUCCACCUUUAUGGCCAUUACUGGCGCAAGCACUGAUGUUGCCCGCAGCUUCCUUGAGAUGACUGCUGGCAACUUUGAACGCGCAAUCGAACUAUUCUACGAGAACCCCGACUUGGUUUCUGGUGUAGGAGCUGGUCUUUCUUCAACAAAUCAGCCAGCUGGGCCUACUGCACAGCCAGGAAGAAGCAACGUUGGCAGGCAAGACUCGGCGGGUGUUAUUCACAUCGAUAGCGACGAUGACCAGGAUAUGCAACUAGACGACUUUAGUGACAAUGACGACAACGACCGAGCGGUUGCAGCCCAGGCGGCAGCUAUAGCGCAAGAAGAGGAAGAUGCAGCCAUGGCCAAGCGCCUUCAAGAAGAACUAUACCAAGGGCCUGGAUCAGGAGCAAACCCGGAUGAUGUGCGAGCACCCAUUGCGCGAACUACCGAGACAUUGGUGGCACCUGGUUGGGGUGGCGGCGAGCAUGACGAUGGGAUGGAAGCGGCCUUUCUUGAGGAGCUGAGACAACGGCGGCGGCAAAACCCACCCAAUCGUGCAGGAGGACCAUUCUCUCAGCAAAUAUGGACCGACCCCGAACGACGCUCCGCCCCAUCCACGUCGAACGAGAACGGCGCUCAUGCGAGACGACUGGAAGAUCUAUUCCGUCCACCUUAUGACUUGAUGGCACGAAUGGGAUGGGAUGACGCGCGUACUCUGGGCAAGGAGGACAAGAAGUGGAUCAUGGUUAACCUCCAGGAUAUGAACGACUUUAACUGCCAGGCUCUGAACCGCGACAUUUGGAAGGACAAGGCCGUGAAGGAAAUUGUCGGAGAGAACUUUAUCUUCCUGCAGUAUGACAAAGACUUUCCUGACGCACAGGAGUUUUUGACAUUCUAUUUCCCAAACGAAUCUCACCAGAACCCCGACAACUACCCCCAUGUCUCCAUCAUUGAUCCUCGAACUGGUGAACAGGUCAAGGUGUGGACAGGCAGACCUUUUCCCUCUGCAGAGGACUUCCAUGCCGAGCUUGCUGAGUUCCUCGACCGUUACAGCCUCGCAGCCAACAGCAAGAACCCUGUUGCCAAAGCCACGGCUCGCAAACAAAGAGUCGAUGUUGAGCGCAUGACUGAGGACGAGAUGCUGGAGAUGGCUCUGAAGAACAGUUUGGAGGGUGCUUCUGGAAGUAGAGGUUCUUCAACGCCCAACCUUCACGAUCCCGAUGCUCUGACAAAGUCUCCUGCACCGGAGGAGAUGGGCAAAGGAAAGGAACCUGAGACCCCUGUCGAGCAGAGCCCUUGGGCGAAGAUCUCUGGAACCAACCCACACACGGAGCCCGAGGCCAACCCAACAACCACAACACGAAUCCAGUUCCGACAUCCUACUGGCCGCGUCAUUCGUCGAUUCAACUUGGACGAUCAAGUGCGAAGAAUUUACGAAUGGCUCAAGGCAGAGCCUCUAGAAGGCAAAGACGGCGUUGAGUUUGAACUCAAGAAGAUGCCAGCUGGACAGGACCUCAUGGAGAGUUUGGACGCGACUAUUGCAGACACAGGUUUGAAGCAGGGCACAGUCAUGAUUGAAUUUAUUGAGGACUGA